AUGACACAGGCAAAUAUGAGCAGCAGGUGGCCUCUUCAGGGCAUGACGGCUCUUGUUACCCGUGGAACCAGAGGCAUCGGGUAUGCUAUUGUGGAGGAGUUGGCACAGCUAGGGGCUAGUGUACAUACUUGCUCAAGGACUGAGUCUGAACUUAAGGAAUGCUUGCAACAAUGGACAGCCAAGGGAUUUCAAGCUACUGGUUCAGUUUGUGACAUAGUGUCCCCUGCACAAAGACAAGACAUCAUAACUAAGGUCUCCUCUAUAUUUCAUGGCAAACUCAAUAUCCUUGUAAACAACGUGGGAACAAAUAUAAGGAAACAAACAUUGGAAUAUACGGCAGAAGAUUUCUCAUUUUUUAUUAGCACAAAUCUAGAAUCUGCUUACCACUUGAGCCAACUUGCACAUCCUCUUCUAAAAGCUCCAGAAGCUGCAAGCAUUGUUUUCUUAUCCUUCAUUGCUGGUGUGUCAGCUUUAAGAGAUAUAUCCAUAUAUGGUGCAACAAAAGGAGAAAUAAACCAACUAACCAGGAACUUGGUAUGUGAGUGGGCAAAAGACAAUAUUAGGACUAAUUGCGCUACACCAGGUGCCACUAAAACAUCUCGUGCCAAUCAAGCUCUUAAGGAUAAAAAGCUUCUUGAGGAUUUCAUUACAAGAACCCCUUUGCAAAUGAUUGGGGAGCCAAGCGAGGUAUCUUCCAUGGCGGCAUUCCUUGGCUUACCAGCAGCCUCCUACAUAACAGGACAGAUUAUUUGUGUUGAUGGAGGAUUCAGAGCGUUUGGUUUGUGAAUUUUUGAGCAGCCAUUAAUUAAUUUGAAAC